UGUGCUGUAAUGUUUAUAGAAGGUAAACGCUGACCAGAAUUUGCAGACUGUUUUUUUUUUCGCGUUUUAAAACUCUUCUCUCUAUUUUCUUUUUUCGUACCUGGCGGUGUAAGUAGUUCGUUUACAGAUCGGAGUGUAAAAUUCUCCUGGCGCAGGUCGAUAUGUGGAGAGUGAUUACCUGGAAUUUACCCAUUGUAACUUUCCUUCUGCUCUUAUUCGGGAAAGUGACUCAUCAAGGCAAGUACACCCGUCUGCUACUGAAACACCUGUUUGAGGAUCAGCCCUACAACGUCCUGGAAAGGCCGGUCGUGGACGAAUCGUCCAGCGUUAACGUCACGUUUGGUCUCACCCUACAACAGAUCAUAGAUGUGGAUGAAAAAAGACAAGUUAUUCUAACAAACGUCUGGUUGGAGUUGGACGAAAAGAACCAAAUUCUUUACGCAAGUAUUUGGUUAGACAUGACGUGGCGGGAUCCUAACUUAAUGUGGAACGCAGCGGAGUUUAAUAAUAUUUCAGAACUCCGAGUCCCCAUUAAAAAGAUAUGGCGACCAGAUAUUUUGAUGUACAACAGUGCUGAUGACCGGUUUGACGGAACAUUUCCUGUCAACGCCAUUCUGUUCAGUACUGGUGAUAUCAACUGGAUACCACCGGGAAUGUUCAAAAGCACGUGCAAAAUUAACAUAUUGUGGUUUCCAUUUGACGAACAAAGCUGUGAUUUAAAGUUUGGGUCGUGGACAUAUGCAAGCGUAGCGCUGGAUUUGGUGAUCAAAGAUCCUCGAGGUGGGGACACACAGUCAUUUAUUCGUAACGGUGAAUGGGAUCUGAUAGAUGUUCCUGUGAAACGCAAUACUCGAGUUUACGCCUGUUGUCCGGACAAGGACUACCCGGACAUUACGUUCACCGUACGCAUCCGGCGCCGGACGCUGUAUUACGGGUUUAACAUCAUCCUUCCUUGUGUCCUCAUCUCUUCCAUGGCCCUUCUCACUUUUAUUCUUCCUCCGGACGGCGGCGAAAAAAUCUCACUGGGAGUGACCAUUAUGCUAUCCCUCAUGGUGUUUUUACUGCUGGUGGCGGAAACUAUGCCCCCUACGUCGGAUGCUGUUCCAUUAAUAGGUAUUUAUUUCGCCCUCAUCAUGAUCAUGUGCUCCUUGUCCGUCAUGUGUACGGUCAUUGUACUCAAUUUCCAUCACCGUGGACCCGACACACAUCACAUGUCCAAAUGGGUAAACAAAAUCAUAUGUGAGUGGUUGGCUUGGAUAUUGAUGAUGGAGAGGCCCGGUAAAGAAAUCUCGCGUAAGACCCUUAUGCAGAACUCCAAACUCCGUGACAUAGAGAUGAGUGAUCGAACGUCGAAGAGCUUACUAGCUAAUGUACUUGAUCUGGAUGACGACUGUCCAGUUCCGGUUUACAACAAGAGCAAUGCCAGUACGUUAUCUCGACGAAUGGAAGACGGUAUGCCGACGGUGAAUCAUAGGAAUGAACUUCUUCUAAUCCUGAAAGAAUUAAAAAAAAUGACGAGUAAACUGAAAAAAGACGAUGAAGAAUCGGACAUUCGCAGUGACUGGAAGUUCGCCGCCAUGGUCAUUGACAGGCUGUGCUUAUGGAUAUUCACAAUUCUUACCCUGGUCUCGACUAUAGGAAUUCUGUGUGCUGCGCCUCAGAUUCAGUCGUAGAAGAAAAUGGGCAAUACCUUCCACGAGAUUCCUAAAGGUUUUCUUUGGGAUAUGUGGUGCAAGGUAGCCAGGCUUAGGUAUCCAUUUGGCUUGAUAAAAAGCCUUGGAUAAUGUAGU